CUCAACUUUAGUUGCGGUCACACUGGCUGUCCCAGCCGUAUAUUCUUAAAAAUAUUAAAGUUUCCAGUUAAUUUUAAAGCCAAAAUAGUGUUUUUCCUGCGGAAGCGACUGCAAAUUCCAUUCACAAUUGUGUCUCGAACGGCGUUUGCAAUAUGAAGAUCAAGGAACUGCAGAAGACGGUGAACAUCACCUGGUCGCCGGCCCAGCAGCAGCAGAUACUCUUGGCCGCCGGCACCGCCGCCCAGCAGUUUGAUUCCAAUGCUAGCUCCACCCUGGAGGUAUACUCACCCAACUUCAGCGAUGCCACCUACGACCUGGAGCUGAAGGCUAGCGUGGCCAGCCAGUACAAGUUUCAAAAGCUUAUCUGGAGCCCGGUGGGGCCACAUCCCAGUGGCUUGAUCGUCGGUGGCUGCGAGGCGGGGCAAAUCAACAUAUACUCGGCUGCCAAGCUACUCGCUGGCAAUGAGGAGCCGCUGGUGGCUCGCCAGGACAAACAUACGGGCGCUGUCAGCGGGUUGGACUUUAAUCCCUUCCAGACAAACCUGCUGGCUUCGUGCGCCUCCGAGUCAGAGAUUUACAUCUGGGACCUCAACAACCCGGCCACCCACAUGAAUCCCGGCGCCAAGACCCAACCGCUGGAGGACGUAAAGAACGUGGCAUGGAACCGGCAGGUGCAGCACAUUCUGGCCUCCGUCUUCAGCACUCGCUGCGUGAUCUGGGAUCUGCGCAAAAGCCAGCAGAUCAUUAAGCUAUCGGACUCGCAGUCGAGGGUUCGGUGGCACGCCAUCGAGUGGCAUCCGGAGGCGGCGACACAAGUCUGGCUAGCCUCCGAGGACGAUCAGGCACCGGUUGUGCAGCUGUGGGAUCUGCGUUAUGCCACGGCACCAGCGAAAACAUAUCAGAUCCAUGAGCGAGGAGUGCUGGGCAUGUCGUGGUGCCAGCAGGACAACGACUUGAUGGUGUCGUGCGGCAAGGACAACCGGAUUUACUGCUGGAAUCCAAACACUAAGAUACCCGAGGGCGAAAUCCUCUCGGAGGUGGCCACCACCGCUUCGUGGUACUCCGACGUGCAGUUCUGUCCGCGCAAUCCGGCUCUCGUUGCCAGCGCCAGCCUGGAGGGCGCCGUCUCCAUCUACUCCCUGCACGGCGGCACUCACCAGCUGGUUCAGACUUCCAACAAGAUUGCCGACUCAUUUCCGGGCAUGGAUCAGUUCGCGCAAGACCCCAUACCCCAGCAGACGACGCAAGUGGUCUAUCAUGACCUGUCGGUGGCUCCCAAGUGGAUGAAGCGUCCCUGUGGCGUUGCCUUUGGGUUUGGUGGCAAGCUGGUCAGCUUUGAUGGCACCUCCAGGAAGGUGAAGGUGCAGCAGCUGACCACUGAGGCGGCUCUGGUAGAGCGUGCCAAUGCCUUGGAACGCUCACUGGCGGAUGCCAACUACUCGGAAUAUUGCCGGCAGAGAGCCGAUGAGACUGCGGAUCAGCAUGGUCGCUACAUCUGGUACUUUAUCAAGGCGAACUUUGAGCUGAAUCCCAAGGAGGAAAUGCUCAACCUAUUGGGCUACAAUAAAGACGACAUCGAUGGCAAGUUCAACAAGUUUAUCAGGGAAACUGAGACGAACUCGCAAUCGGAUGUGGAUACUCUAACGACCCGCAUCUCGACACUGACCCAUCAAACGCAGGACGGAAACGCCAUUGUUGAUUCCCAAAAUCACAACGACUUUGCCACGCCUCCGAGGCCACAGUUUAAGGUUCCCAGUGGAGAUCACUCAGACAGCCUGAUCGCCGAGGCCAUACUCACUGGCAAUGUGGAGGCUGCCGUCGAGCUUUGCCUGGAGGCGCAACGCAUACCGGAAGCUCUGAUCAUCGCCUCGACAGCUGGCAUCGAGACACUGACCCGCACCCAAACGCGCUACCUUCUGCAGCAGAAGAGCGAGCUGUCGCACGUGAUUUCCGCUUUGGUGUCCCGCGACUGGCUGGACUUUGUCAAUCGCUGCACGGUGGACUCGUGGAAGGAGGCCCUGGUGGCCGCCUUGAAGCACAGCGAGCGCAAGGUGGUGGACAUCUGUGAGCGACUGGGCGACCGCCUGUUGAGCGAAUGCGCCUCUAGCGUUGAGUACACCCGCAACGCCAUGCUCUGCUACAUUUGUGCCGGCAGCAUCGACAAGCUGGUGACCGCAUGGUAUCAGCUAAAGCGGCUGGAGCAGCAGAACGCUGGCUAUAAGCCCAACACCACCGAGCUGCAAGACCUGGCCGAGGUGGUGAUGUUGAUGUGCAAGUCGCUGGAGCAACAGGGCAUUGCCGUCGACCUGGCGGGUCGAUUUGCCAGCUUUCUAACGGAGUACGGUGGCUUGUUGGCUUCGCAGGGAGCCCUCACCGCCGCUUUGCAGUACAUCACCACCCUGGGUGGCGGAGCUGCCAGCGAAAGCGAAGUCCUGCAGAGCCUGCGGGAUCGAAUUAACAACGCGGUCAACCUGGACUACGCCCAGCCUCAGCCAGGAGCAGCAGCAGCUGCCCAACUGGGCUAUCAGCGAGGUCGCGGGUCGUUCUCGCAGUCGCAACCAUCGGGAGUGCCACUGCCUUAUGGACAGCCGCCGACCACCAAUCAGUAUGCUCAGCCGGGCUGGCCAGCACAGGCGCCCACCACCUAUCCGGGGGUCCAGCCACAGCCUCAGAUAUUCAAUCCGCAACCAGUAAAGCCAGAACUCAUGGCCCACCCACCGCGCCCACUGAGCAAUGCCAGCUCCUCUGGUGGCCCACCGCCAGCAGCAGGAGCAGCACCGCCGUCUGGCGGAUCUGGACUUCAUGCUCGUUCCAAAUACGUACUGGAUCCCUCGGUGGCAGCGCCCACCAGCUCCUACGGCAUGCCAUACAAUCCUGUUCCGGCGCCUGUUCCAUCGGCAGUUCCCUUCAGCGGCGGCGGGUCAGCACCUGGACCCGUGCCCCAGCCGGCUAGCGUGCCUACCUACAACAGCAACUCAUUCAACACGAAUCCGAUAGCAGCGGCUCAAACCUACAACCCAUCGCCAUUCAUGGGGGCAACACCGCAGAACUCGUUUCUGCCCGGCGUGAAUCCGAUAGAAACGAUGCAGCCACCAGCGGCGCCAGCACCGCUCAUCCAGAAUGUGCAGCGCAAUCCCACGCCACCGCCAGGCUGGAACGAUCCACCAGCGCUUAAAUCUUCGCGAGCGCCCAAGCCGAAGCCAGUGGCUGAGCCAAGUGCGGCCCCCAUCUUCCAUCCCCUGUUCCCUGGAGAUCCCAAUCAAAAUCAAAACGGAUAUGUGGAUCCCGCUCAAUAUCAGAAUGCGCCACCACCAGGAGGAGUGCCCAAUGCUUACUACAAUCCGGCUGCCUUUAACAACAAUCUUCCCCAGCAACAGCAGCAGCAGCAAUCGUACCUCCAGCCCCAGCAGCCACUAAACUUGCAGCCAGGAAUUCCUCAGCAGCAGCAGAACUGGCAGGGUCAGCAGCAGACAAUUGGGUAUACCGAGCAGCCAGCUCCCAUUCAGCAGCAGCAGCGCCAGCCGGAACCGCCCAAGGAGAAGCCGCCGCUACCCGAGGAAUACAUAUACUUGCAAACGGUUCUAGAAGAGCUAAAGAAUCGCUGUCUGAGCGCAACGAAUGAUCCGCGCACAAAACGCAAGUUUGUGGAUGUGGUCAAGCGGCUGGAAAAUCUCUACGACUGCCUGAGGGAUGGCAAGCUCACUCCCACAACGGUGCAAUAUCUAAAUCAGAUAGUUCAGUACAUCCAAAUAGCGGACUAUGCCAAUGCCUUGGAGAUCCACACCCGGAUAGCCUUUGGCACGGACUUUGCGCAGUGCGCAGGCUUCAUGCAGGGACUGAAGGUGCUCCUGCAAUCGGCUGCUGAGCUGCAGUUGGUCUUGCGCUAGGACACGAGCUCAAGCUCAAGCCAGUUUAUAUACUUAUAUAUUGUCGUCUAUUUUGUGUGUGUUUUUGUAAGCAAAGUGUGGCUGGUUACCUUUGUUGUUGGUGCAGCAGGGAUGGCCUUAUCCCAGAGCAAGUGUCAAACGUUAUUCCGUGUAUUUGAAAUAUAUAUUUCCACUUAAACCGCAUAAAUAGUAACGAAAACAAAUAAAAGCAGGCUCUAUUCACAUCA